AUGACAUCUGAAGCCGCCUCUGUGCAGUCGACAGAGCGAUUAGAUGCCACCAUUCCCGGCGCAUUUCUUGACCCGCGCACCCCGAGCGUCGCAUCCGUCACUACACAACAGACAUCCCUCUCCCAGGCCCUAUACGACCGUCGUGCUGAGUACACGCGCCCACAGACUGUGCGCAUCAAGGUCGGCUCCUGGAACACGGCCGCCCAAAAAGGCACAGAACAAGACAUUGGCAAAUGGUUUAUCAAGGGCAGCGGUGUAGACGGGGCCCUUGGCGGUUUGGGCGUGUCGGACACUGGCUCUCAUGAUGUAGUAGCUGUGCCAGGCGGGGAGGAUAUCGACAUCUAUGUGUUAGGCCUGCAGGAGAUUGUCGACAUCACCUCGGCUGCUGAGGCUCUGCGGCCCUUUACCGAUCCUUCGACCGCAAAUAGAUGGAAGGCUCAGCUCGAAGCAGCCUUGCCUAAGGGCUACAAACUAGUGGCAGAUCAGCAGCUCAUCGGCCUGUGGUUGGCCAUCUACGCUUCGCCACAAAUCCUCCCUCAAAUCAAGAAUGUCAGCACCACGAGCGUUGGUACAGGCCUCAUGGGUUACAUGGGCAACAAGGGUGCUGUGACAACGCGCAUUGUCUUGGGCGAGACGACACGUCUUGUCUUUAUAAAUUCCCAUCUUGCAGCUGGUGCCGACAAAGCAUCCUUAGACCGAAGGAACUGGGAUGCUGCCCAAAUCACCACUCGCACUCGUUUCGAUCCUAUCGUCGGUGGCUUGGGCCCUUCACAAUCUAGCGGCGAAGGUCUUGGUGAUGAGGAUUUCGCCUUUUGGUUCGGCGACUUGAACUAUCGUCUCGAAGGCAUGCCAGGAGACGACGUGCGCCGCUUACUGACAAUUCACACCCAAGACCUGGACUCUCAAGAGAGCCAAGGUAGACUAUCCACGUCCGCCGACUCGGGAUAUGAUUCGAGACAAUCGUCUGAACAAACACGUGACACGGCUCCUGUACCCGAUGAACUGGAUCCAGCGUCGCUACAGACUACCCUCUCAUCUCUGCUUCCACACGAUGAGCUGCACCAAAUCAUGAAGCAAGGAAAAGCCUUCCAUGAUGGCUGGGAAGAAGGCCCCAUCCAGUUCCUGCCAUCCUACAAGUACGAUAUAGGCAAGGUUGGCGUUCUUGACUCGAGCGAGAAGCGUCGCUGCCCUAGCUGGUGCGACCGCAUCAUAUAUCGAACCCGAGCAUCCAAGCAGAAGUAUGAGGCCAAAGUCAAGGAACAGGAGGCUGCACGCCGAAUAGCUGAAGAAGUUUCAUCAAAGGGCUUGGACGUUCCAGGGGAUUACGACGUCAUGUACGAGUACGACCCAGACACAGACGGCGCGACCUACGAUGAUUAUGACGAGAACGAGACGCCCGAGCCGGAGCCAAUCAAGACAAAAGACGAUUUAUCUGCUGAGCUAUUGCUCGAGUACUACACCACUCAUAUGCACAUUCUCAGUUCCGAUCACAAGCCACUAGACGCCGUCUUCCGGCUCCAGUAUGAUGCCGUUGUCCCUGAUCUCAAAACGGCUAUCCACGCCGAAGUGGCUCGUGAGAUUGACCGUCAAGAGAACGAGGGCCGACCUUCCAUUGCCGUAGCAGUGGAACGUACUACUGGCUCCUCUUCACCUGGUGAGGAGAAGAAAACAGAUAGCGCGUUUGAGGGAGUCGACUUCGGCGAGGUCAAAUUCGCAAAAUCUUACCGACGCAACAUCACCAUAGCCAACACUGGACGUGUCCCAGCCACCUUUGGAUUUGCAAAUCGUCCAGUAGAGAAAGGCCAACCUGCCGGGCCUUUUCCUUCUUGGCUCAGUGUUGCAUUCGACAGGGAUCAAGACAAGCUCGACAGGCCAACGCUAGAUGAUGUUCAACAGCGUUUCACCCUCGAACCGGCCGAUGUCCUAAACGUCGAAUUGAAACUCAAGAUUGAAAAUCUGGGUUCCGUGCGUGAUCUCAAUGAAGGCGACUCGGUCCUGGACGAAAUCCUCGUCCUGCGCAUCGCAAAUGGAAGAGACCACUUUCUGCCUAUCCGCGCUCAUUGGCUGCCUUCUGUGCUUACCAGGUCCAUUGACAAAUUAAUCAAAAUCCCGGAAGGAGGUAUUCGGAAGUUGCAGCAUCAGAUACCUGCCCGUGGCGAGGUAAAAUGGAGCGUGCCUAGGGAAAUCUUCCGGCUGACUGAGGCGAUAGAAGACCUGACGGAACGGACACUAGCUGAAUGGGAGAUGACAAAGGCCGAAGGAGAGAGGGCACCCUGGCAAGAUAACGCAGGAUGGCCUUUUGUCAAAGGACGAACUAGUGCAAGUCCGGAGAGGGAAGAUGAGCUCGCAGAAGUCUACGAUGCAUUAGACUGCGACACACCUUUCGCUGGUGCCUUUACCCCAGAGACUCGUAGUAGAGAACGAACCGAGGUAUUAGCCGAAGUCCUUGUCGCCUUUCUUUCCAGCCUCACCGACGGCGUCAUCACGAAGAGUUUAUGGGAGAGACUGGAAGAAGCGCUUAUCCGCCGUGAAAAGUCCAACGCUCCGGCUUCUCCAGAUGAUGAUAAAAUGACUAUCCUUGAGAUCCUUGCUUCGGCUCCCAACCACAACGCCACAUUUCUACUCAUUCUCUCUUUCCUUCACAACAUUGCAAAUCAGAUUACAGAAGUAUCGAAGCCACGUCCGGAGGGCUCCAAUGAUAAGAGAGCAAGUGCAGACAUGAGUCUUCCUUCCAGUCCGCAAGCCCAGGUCAGGAGAAAGACUCUCAGCAAAGUCCCCGAGGUGGCGAUUCGGCAGCUCAUUGUGAGAAAUUACGCAGUCGUAUUUUCAGACUGCUUAGUGAGGUGGAAAGAUGGCAGCAAAGAGAAGGAAAAGGCUGUACAAAAGGAGAGGAUGGUGGGUGUCAUGGAGCUGUUCCUCAGGAUAGAGUAA